ACGUGACGUCACUUCCGCUCCCGCCACUCCUGAAGUGGUUUCCGCUGCUUUUUCUGCGCGACGUUUGUGUCUGAGGUGGGCUGUUGUGAAGUCUCGGUGAGGCCUGCGCACCGCAGCCAUGACGGAGGCUGAUGUGAACCCGAAGGCCUAUCCCCUCGCAGAUGCCCACCUCACCAAGAAGCUGCUGGACCUUGUUCAGCAGUCGUGUAACUACAAGCAGCUUCGGAAAGGAGCCAAUGAAGCCACCAAAACCCUCAACAGAGGCAUCUCUGAGUUCAUUGUGAUGGCAGCAGACGCUGAGCCCUUGGAGAUCAUCCUGCACCUCCCUCUGCUGUGUGAAGACAAGAAUGUCCCCUAUGUAUUUGUACGCUCCAAGCAGGCUUUAGGACGGGCCUGUGGAGUCUCCAGGCCGGUCAUCGCCUGUUCUGUAACCAUCAAAGAAGGCUCUCAACUAAAGCAGCAGAUCCAGUCCAUUCAGCAGUUUAUUGAGCGGCUCCUGGUGUAGGCCGUGGCCUCUGCCCUCUCCUGUCUCCUCCCACCCUGAGUUUGUGUAUCAUGUCUGUUAGCGUGUACUGUUUUCAGCCAGUUUCUAUUAUAUUGUGCUACAUCUGAUUUUGUAUUUUUAUCUUUGUCUGAACAGGGUUGUUUUUCACCAUCUCCUCGUCCUCUUCUACCAUUUUUUAGUUUCCCUUUUUAAUUGAAAUGAUAGCUAAGACAGGUGAAAGGCAGAAUGUCACCAUUUAGCAACAAGAAGAACCAGGAGAAACUUACGCCAGGGAUAGUAGAUAUUUACUGGUCCCUUGUGCUUUUGAUGUAAGAUCUCUAUAAAUGCUACUGUGACUGAGGAACUUUCUUUGGGUAGCAGUCCCUCCCACCCCUUAUCAUUUGAAAAAAAUUUGAUAAUGUUAGGCCUAUUGUCCAGGUGCCAUUUAUUAAUAUCCUAUGUGUUUUUGACGUGUGUAACCUUAUAUUCUCCCAUAUCUGAGGCAGUAACAGCUCAAAGGGAUUCUGGGGAAACCGUGGCUGUUUGGCUGGAGUGUACAGCAGAGACAGUGCUAGCAGGAAACAUCCUCUCCUUGGUAAAGGGGGAUUUCUUGUGGAGCCCUCAUCCUCCUCCUCCCGCAACAUGGUCAGGUGUAUUCUCCCUCCAUGAAGAAAGUGAUUACAUGUUCACUGUCGAGCAGCCUAAUAAAUAUGUUGAUAUUUCGUUUUAAAUGAA